AUGGCUACUAACAAAAUGAUAGUUCCUCCAAAGAAGAUGAGCUUACAAGAGUUCUUCACCGAUAAAACACUUGGAGGUGGCUCAUGGGCAGAUGAUGAAAUUGAUAUUUCUUCAAUUUCAGUCCCCAUAGAAAAGAAUAGACACCAGUAUCAUGAUCAUGAUUCCUUUGGAUCAGGCUAUAACUCCUUUGGUGGAGGCGGUAGAGGUGGCUCUGGCAUGUAUGACCAUGGACCUCCAUAUAUUGUGAAACUAUUGAAUUUACCGGUUAAAUGUGAUGAUAUGUUUGUUGAAGAUUUAUUUCAGAGUCGAUUCACACCUUAUGUCAAGUUUAAAGUAGUAGUUGACCCUUGUUCCAAUAUUUUAGAAACUGGGAUCGUGAAGAGAGUGGCAUUUGUUGAACUUCAAUCGUUUCAAGAUUUAUCAAGAGUUCUUAAAUGGCAAGAUUUAUACUAUAUGAGAGGAAGAAGAGUGAUUGUUGAGUCUGCUGAUUUUGGUGAUUUUCAACAUACAAUGCAAUUCAACAAAGAACAUGAAGAUCAAAUCAAUAGGAUCAUUCAGGAGUAUCUGGAAAAUAGGGAGAGAUUACCUCCAGCAAGUGAUUCGGCUUACAGGCCUCCAAGAGGGUUGAUGCAUGGUGGUACCACUACAACCACCCCCACCACAAUGAGAAGUAUGAACACUUCAAGAACUAUUCACCCCAAUGCUCAUUCUAAUACUCUUAAUGAUAUCAAUGCUCCAGUGUUGGGUGCUAAUCAACUGAAACAACCACAACAACAACCCAUACUUAUACUGAAACCGGUAAUUGCUCAACCUCCUCCUGUUCCAAAGGUGAACCCUUUUGGAAAUGCUAAACCAGUUGAUGUUGUUGCCAAACUGAAGGAAUUGGAUCUGAAGUUGAUUCAUGUUAAUAACACCACUAUAAAAACGUUGGGCUCAGUACUUGAUAGUGACCUUGAACGGGAGAAAGCAUCUAUUAGGAGGAAUUCUCAUUCAAGUGGAAAAUCACAGCCUUCAAGAGGUUCAUUUUCAAAUGAUAACAAAGCAGAUUCUUCAACAUCUCCUGUUAUACGUAGAGCUUCAAUUAAUCUUUUGAAAAGAGAGGCUGAUACAAAGGCUCCGGAACAAAGCAAGACAGAAGAUUUUCAUAAUACCAAAGAAAAGGAGUCGACUUCCAAAUUUCGACCUGCUCCUAUGCCAGCAGCCAUUAGUUAUGGCUCUGGAGGGAAUGGUGCAAGUCUUGCAGAUAUACUUCGAACCAAAAAAGAAGAUUCAAUGAAUGGACACAAUAGUAAGGGCUCAGGGCGGAAUUCUAAACCUGCAAAGCAAACCAUAUUAAUGAAGAAACCUUUAUCCUCCACACCUCCAGUUGAUUUAGGACCGAAAGAAAGUGAAGGUAAUGUUGAACAACAAGCACAGGAAGCAGCAAAAGAAGAAGAACAAGAAGUAUUAAAAGCCAAAACUCAGCCUUCUGAAACAGAAGCAAUAGUAGUGAGCGAAGAGGAGAAACAAGAAUCCAAGGCCAAACGAGAAAAAGAGAAAGAGAAAGAGAAUGUUAUUGGACCGGAGAUUACGCAGGAUAUAAAAGAACGUGGUUCAAGAAGAAAGUCUCGUGGCGGUAGAAACGAAUCAAGAACUGACUACGAAAGACGUUCUACUACUGAACCGAAACCAGAACUGAUUGGAAAGGCUUCAGUUAGAGGAACCAACGGUAGAUAUCCCAGGAACUACAAUAAUCGUCGUAAUCCUCCAUUUGAUAUUGAGGGUGAUCAUAAGAAGGAUUCCAUUGAAACAAAACCUGCAAAGACAUCCAUUGAAGAACAAAAUGGAAAUGUCAAUGAAAAGAAAGAAGCCUCCAAAUCAGAUAUUGAUUUCAAAACUCAUUUGAAGGAACUUGUUGAGCAAGGAAUUCCAACCAAACACUCCAACAAUAAUGAUAGCCAUCGUGGUAGAGGAGGCUACAGAAAUGGUGGAGGAGUUCGGGAUCAUUACCAUUCAAAGGGAGAUGAAGAAAACGAUGAUUAUGGUCCUAGAGAUCGAUACACUCCUAAUGGAGGCCGUCAUAUUCAUAGAUAUCAUAGAGUAAAUUCCAGAACUCGCCCGAAAACAGACACUUAUAUUCCUUCCUAUCUGAAGGAAGGUGAGGGAGUAGCCAAGCAGGCAUCUGUACUGGCUUCAGGACAAGGUCAAGCACCAGGACCAGCACCAGCUCAAGCACCAGGACCAGCACAAGCACCAGCUCAAGCACAAGCACAAGCACCAGGAUCAGGGCCAGGACCAACAGCUUCAACAGAACUAGUUCCUACAACAGCAGCCACCGAAGGUCAUGAAGGCAUUCCGUCCCGUCGCGGAACAGAUUCCAACCAUAACGGAGAGUUCAACGAAGGAGGUAGAGGUGGCCGUGGAUACAGAGGCCGGGGCCGAGGCCGAGGAAGAGGAAGAGGAAGAGGGCUGAGUUUCCGUGGAGGACGUGGAGGACGCCGUGCCACUAAUAGUAAUACUGAAUGA